AUGACUACCUGUGCACAUCACCAGGGGUUCUCUUCGUUACCACGAAGACAAAUCUUUCUUGCCACGAGUCGUGCAGUUAUACAACACGAAAAUAGAGCCACUUAUCCUGUGCGUUUACUUAUUGACCAAGGGUCAGAGCUUUCUUUUGUUUCUGAGGAGGUAGUGGAUCGUUUGAAACUACCAAGAAGAGCUGCAGCUAUACCACUCGUGGGGAUAGGAGGUUCUCAUUUUGGAAAGACCCGUGGUCUCGUAACUCUUCGUCUUCGUUCUUUACAUGAUAAGUUGUCUUCGUGUACGUUUAACACAUUCGUUUUAUCUCGCCUCUUAGUUAAGUUGCCUUCUUUUCCAGUGAGUUCUCGUUCAUGGCCUCAUAUUAAAAAUCUGCCUCUCGCAGAUCCAGAAUUCUAUCGUUGUGGUCCUGUGGAUAUCAUUAUCGGUUCAGAUAAUUACGGUUCCAUAAUUUUGAAGGGUUUGAUCAAGGCAAAUCAACACGAGCCUAUAGCCCAGAAAACCAUUUUUGGUUGGAUCCUUUCCGGUCCGUCUGGUUCUUUAAACGAUAAUUCUAGCGAAGCCAUCGAUUUUCAUUGUUCCACCGACCAAGAUUUGCACAAUUUGCUAGCUAGAUUUUGGACACAGGAGGAUUUACCUUCUUCUAUCAGUGCGUCACUAAGCCCAGACGAAGUGGAUUGUGAAAAUCAUUUUUUAUCUACGCACACACGUAACCCGUCAGGUCGCUUUAUUGUUCGGCUUCCUUUGAAAUCACCUUCUAGUUUACUGGGAGAUUCGAGGGAGACCGCCCUCCGCUGUCUAUGGAGAAUCACGAAGCGUCUUUCAUCUGAUUUACCAUAUAAACGCCUGUACGAAAAUUUUAUUCAAGAAUAUCGAGCGCUUGGUCACAUGGUAGAAGCAACUCUUCCUGAUAAUUUUGCCAAUAUUUAUUAUUUGCCACAUCAUGGGAUUCUCAAACAAGAAGGGGAUAAUUCGAAGAUCCGAGUCGUCUUUAAUGGCUCUAGUCGCACGAGUAGUGGAGUUUCUCUCAACGAGAUUCUGCACUCAGGCGCGAAGCUUCAGACGGAUAUUGCUGACAUUCUAUUGUGGCUCCGCAUACACCGAUAUCUUUUUUCUGCCGAUAUAGAGAAAAUGUUUCGACAGAUAGCGGUCCAUCCGGAAGACUGGAAUUAUCAGAGAAUUAUUUGGUUCGGACCGGAUCAACAACCUGUUGACUUCUGCUUGACCACGGUUACGUACGGACUAUCGUGUGCACCCUUUCUCGCUUUACGUUGCUUACAACAACUCGUCCACGAUGAUGGUCCGAAAUUUCCAAAGGCGAUACUUCCUAUGACUAAAGGUCGUUAUGUAGAUGAUAUAUUCGGUGGGGCAGACACUAUUGAUGAAGCAAAGGAGAUUGCUCAUCAAGUCAACGAGCUGUGUAAAUUGGGGGAGUUUUCUCUUCGAAAAUGGAGUGGAAAUCGACCAGAGUUGUUACCUUGUACUCUAACGUCCGACUCUAAUAAUUCUCCUGUGGUUGAUAUCAAUUUGUCACCGGUCAAGGUCUUGGGUCUCGUGUGGAAGCUGGAAUCAGAUAUUUUCAUUUUCUAUGGGCAGCCUUUACAUACGGACAAAUUAUCGAAGAGGAUUAUUUUAUCAGACCUUUCCAAAGUAUACGAUCCUCUGGGUCUCGUGGCACUGAUAAUAAUUAGAGGGAAAAUUAUCAUGCAGGAACUCUGGUUGCUGAAAUCCGGUUGA